AUUUUUUCCCAGCCAACUGCAUUAGAGCCUUAUUACCUCCCCGAGAGCGACACUUCUACGAAUGGGAGCGAACCUUUCGCAUUUGAGCAACACGUGGGAUAUCACGAAGCCAUCAGCCUUGAGGGAUCCCGUCAUUAUUCCUGCAGCCUUCCGUCGAAAUUCUCGACGCAAAGGCUGAAACUACCCCGCCAUCAACACUGCAGUUCAGAUCUGCAAUCGAGGUUACUCUACAUCUGCACAAGACGACAUGAGUAAAUUCGGGUGUCUAGUAAUGGGCCCAGCCGGAGCAGGGAAAACAACGUUCUGCUCGGCCCUCAUAACACAUCUUCGAAACAACCGCCGUUCCUGCUUCUAUGUGAAUCUCGAUCCUGCCGCCGAAGAGUUCGUCCACGAGCCUGACCUCGAUAUUAAAGACCUUAUAUCUCUCGAAGAUGUGAUGGAAGAGAUGGGACUCGGCCCUAAUGGAGGCUUGAUAUAUUGCUUCGAGUUUCUGCUCGAUAAUCUCGACUUCAUUUCCGAGGCUCUGGAUCCUUUGACGGAGGAAUAUCUUAUUAUAAUCGAUAUGCCAGGCCAGAUUGAACUCUAUACACAUAUUCCUAUCUUACCAGCGCUGGUCAAGCAUCUCACAAAGACUGGAUCAUUGGAUAUCAAUCUUUGUGCGGCAUAUCUACUUGAGGCUACAUUUGUUGUGGACAGAGCAAAAUUCUUUGCUGGCACAUUGAGUGCUAUGAGUGCUAUGAUCAUGCUCGAGGUUCCACAUGUCAACAUAUUAUCGAAGAUGGAUCUGGUCAAAGGGCAGAUUGGAAAGAGAGAACUGAAGAGAUUUCUGGAUCCAGACACUACACUACUAGACGAUGAUACAGGAGAGGGUGAGGAUGAUGGUUCUGGAGCGACUACAGAUACAGCGACCUUGAUGAGAGGCGCAAGCUUUAAGAGGCUCAACAAGGCUGUUGCUGGUCUAAUCGACAGCUUCAGCAUGGUCUCUUACCUAAGGUUGGAUGUACAAGACGAAGAUAGCGUGGGUGGCAUAUUGAGCUAUAUCGAUGAUGCCAUCCAAUUUCACGAAGCACAAGAACCAAGAGAACCUAAUGAUGAGGUGGAAAUGGAAUACGGCGACGAAUAAUUUUGAGGAAACGGCAAAGCUCUACAAUUUGGAGUUGGGAACAAGGGACGAUUUGCAUAGCGUUGGCGUUAAUUCCAUUAUGAUACCAUAAUAAUACCACGAGGUCUGAAAACCCUCUUUUCCAUCUCAUGUCCUGUAAGCCUUUCCUCUAAACGCCUUUCCCAUGAAAACCCCCAACCCUAUACGCAGAAACGCCCCAACCCAAUGCAAUAUCCCAGACCUAUACCCAAAGAAUC